CCAUAAAAUGAAACCGUCCAACCUAAUGACGUAGUUCCUUCUUCGCUCGUAUAUUGCCAUUUUGGUAGGCCGUACAUGUUUGUUUGCCUCGUGUUAAAUAACAUUCUUUAUUUCAUACGGCGCAUUUGGUGCAACAAAUGCACUUUUUUAAGUUGUUUAAAAUACUCAGUGUGACCAGUCAAUCUGAGGAACUCGCUCUGUCUGAUUAGUUAACAGGGGGCCGUACGCAGUUUUCUUUAAGAAUCACAUUUGAACGGCCGAGGUCCGGCGUUGACGACACAGAUCCCCGUCCCAACGAACAAAGGAACAGUAAGGUCGAUGCACGCCUGUUAGUUCAACUUAAGGGAAAUAUUAUCUAUGAAACAAUUUAAAAUUAAGCCCAUUGUAUCGUCAUUUUUUUUAGUGUUUUGACUUGACACGUAUUUGCCUCAAAUACAACUAACCAAUUAGCCCGACUCAUUCAGUCGUGUUAGCGACAUCGGCUAAGGUUAGCCACAACUGUGGACACCUAGCGAGCGAAUUGCCAGCGUUAGCACUAUUUUGAAUCAAGUAAGGAGUUUUCAUUUUCGGGAAAAUGGCCGAAGUGUACAUUCGAGUCGCAGAGGAGGAAAACGAAGAACCAAUGGAGAUCCCAUCUGAGGAUGACGGCACUGUUCUGCUUUCAACCGUAGCAGCUCAGUUUCCAGGGGCGUGCGGCCUGCGCUUCAGAAGCCCCGUGUCUCAGUGCAUGCGGGGAGUGCGUCUUGUGGAAGGAGUCCUACACGCUCCAGAAAACGGAUGGGGGAAUGUCGUAUAUGUGGUGAACUAUCCAAAAGACAACAAAAGGAAAAUGGAUGAAAUUGAUGCAUCCUCUGCUGUGAAAAUGAAGAGAGGGGAUAUGAAGACAUCUGACCUGAUCGUUCUUGGUCUGCCUUGGAAAACAACUGAGCAGGACCUGAAAGACUACUUUAGCACAUUUGGAGAAGUCAUCAUGGUUCAGGUGAAACGAGAUGCCAAGACUGGAAACUCUAAAGGCUUUGGCUUUGUGAGAUUUACAGAGUAUGAGGCUCAAGAAAAGGUGAUAUCACAGCGCCACAUGAUUGACGGAAGAUGGUGUGACUGCAAGCUCCCUAACUCGAAGGUGAAUAUGUUUUUUUCUCCCUUUUGUUUACAGCAAAGUCCAGAUGAGCCACUUAGAAGCCGCAAAGUGUUUGUGGGCCGCUGCACAGAAGACAUGACAACAGAUGACCUGCGGCAGUUCUUUAUGCAGUAUGGAGAAGUCACAGAUGUCUUCAUCCCCAAGCCAUUCCGUGCUUUUGCCUUUGUCACAUUUGCAGAUGAUCAGGUUGCUCAGUCACUCUGUGGAGAGGAUCUAAUUAUCAAAGGCGUCAGCGUUCACAUCUCAAAUGCUGAGCCCAAACAUGGCAAUAGGCAGUUUGAUCGUACAGCACGGUUUGGGAAUGGUUUUGGAGCUCAAGCAUUUGGUAGCAGCCGUAGUGGGUUAGGGAGCAGCACUAACAGUAGUCUGGCUAAUUUUGGUUCUUUCAGUCUGAACCCUGCUAUGAUGGCUGCUGCUCAGGCUGCUCUGCAGAGUAGCUGGGGAAUGAUGGGUAUGCUGGCUAGCCAGCAGCAGACAUCCACCUCAGGCAGCACCUCAAGUGGAACAAGCUCUAGUAGGGACCAGAGUCAGUCUUUCAGUACAGGCAACAGCAACUACGGCACCAGCUCAGCCAGUCUUGGCUGGGGAACAGGGUCAAACUCUACAACCAGUGGUAGUGGGUUUAGCUCAGGUUUUGGGUCCAGUAUGGAGUCAAAGUCAUCUGGGUGGGGUAUGUAAGUUGUGUUUGUAUGGUAAGUAUUGUGAGAAAGAUGAGUCUUUUCAACAUUUAUUUCUGGUGUUACUGCGUAUCUGAAAACCUAACACUUUUGUGGAAUAUGUUUUGUACAUUUGGGAAACUGCUAAAGAUUUAAUUUAGAAAGUGUUGAAGUGACUUGUUUACUAGGAUGUCUGACAGAAGCGCUAUUUUGCUAUUAUAUUGCUGAUGUCUCAUUUGUUUGUAUUCAUUUCAACUGGAUUCUCUAAUGCAUGUAUUGUGUAAUGUGAUAUAACCAUUUUGAAAAUGCAUGAACGUUUGUGGUUUGCCAUUAUUCAACAUUGUCAUCAACUUGAAAGGCAAUCUUGCAUUGGGAAGAAUCUGGUUGAAACCUAAAUGUUUUAAGUGCAACUUUAUUUGCAGUCAAGUUCUGUGGAAAAGCCUUCACUGAAAUCUCUUCUACAGUUCACCUCUCUUCCAUUUUCCUGUGAGGAAUCUCCUCUUUGGCAGCAUUCUUGGAGUGAUAUCCAUAUCAUUCUCCCUCUUCCCACCUGUAAAUGCAAUGCCAUCAAAGAACGGCUUCACUCCGCAUGUUCUAAGAGACGGUGGGUGUUUUCACUUUUAUCCACUUUUAAAUGGAAAGAACUGCGCAACUGACAUUUUAAGAACUGAUGAGUGCGAUUGAGGAUGGCUUGUGACGAAGGGUGAAACAAUGAGUGAGCGAACGGAGAGGCGCGUGAAACGGACUGGUUGUGCAGUGAAAGAGCCCAAUUUGACUGCUUUUUGAGUGUGUGAGUGGAAGCUGCAGAUGCUACGAGCACCUCCCCUAACAUGGACAUUCUUUAAUUAGUACUUCAAGAUUUUUUUUUUUUUUUUAAUCUUUGAAAGAUUUUCCUUACUCUUAAGUCACUCAAGUGCAGAAAUAUCAAAAUGUAGUGGAAUGUUGUGAUGAAUAUUUGUAUUGCUUAUAAUAUCCGAUUUGAAUGCUGUAUGAUGUGUGCUUUCAUGUUAUUGAACCAAUCUAAGUGUGUACUUGAUGUGGAUGACACCUGCUGACAGCUCUGGGGGACGCGAGUGAUAGUGUGAGAAAGUGGAGUGGUGUGUCCAAUGGUUCCCAGUAGCUCUUGUUGUUUGUGAGGUGCUUUAAAAACGUCAAAUGAAGGGAGUUCUCAAAUAAAGUUCCUUUGAAUAGA